AUGAAUUCGAGUCAGCCGAGUACAAGCGGUGUGAAUUGUGCGAAACGGAGGAUUCACGUGACUGUGACAUUGCAGCAAAAAGUUGAAGCGCUAAAACAGAAAGAUGCAGGUGUUCCGACGAGUGAUAUAGCUGUACAGUACAAUGUUAAUGACAGUACAGUAAGAAGGUGGGUUCGUGAUAGAAAAAAAUUGGAGAAAUGCGGUAGUUUUGCGUUAACAUCAAAGCGUAUGCGUCUGUCACCUCUAAAAAAAGUAAACGAAGCGUUAACCAUUUGGUUUAAUUCCGAAAGAAAACAGAACGAAAUAAUCGGUGUUACAGAAAUCAAAGCGAAAGCUCAACAAUUCUUUGAACGGUUUGGUGGUAUGGAAAUAUUUAAAGUUAGCGACGGAUGGUUUCAUGGUUGGAAAAAGAAGAAUGGGAUACGCUUAUUGGUCAAUUGCGGGGAACAGGUAUCCACAGAUACCGAAGCAGCGGUGAACUUUAAAAAUCAAUUGUUAGAAUUAAUCGAAGAGGAAAAAUUGAAAUUGAACCAAAUUUUUAAUGCGGACGAAACGGGUUUAUAUUUCAAAAUGAUGCCGAAGAACACAUUAGUGAUCAAAACAGAGAACUCGACAGCGGGUUAUGGAACAAUUAAAGAUAGGGUAACUGUGAUGGCAUGCUGUAACGCUACCGGUUCGUUGAAAAUGCCAUUAUUAAUCGUUGGACGACAUCAGAAGCCAGGACCAUUAAAAAAUUUAAUGCCACACCUAUUACCAGUCAAGUAUAUCAGCCAAUCGAACGCUUGCAUGAAUAUCACAAUCUUUGAAACAUGGUUUAAGGAGGAUUUCGUGCCGAAUGUUGUUACAUUUUUAAGAUCGAAAGGGUUGCCUGAAAAAGCGAUUUUAUUGCACGAUAAUGCCAAGUCGUAUUCGUCACCAAAAAUUUUAUCUGUUGGCGGUAUUAGAGCUAUAUCCUUACCUCCAAACGUUACAUCGCUCAUACAACCUUUAGAUCAAGGUAUUAUAGCGGCAAUGAAGAGAAGGUAUAAGACGAAACUGUUAAGAUAUAUAUUGAACGCCCAAAACAACGGGCAGGAUUAUAAUGAUGCAAUGAAAUCAUUCAACAUAAAGUAUGCCAUUAAUUUCAUAAGCGAUGCUUGGAAUGAAAUAACAGAAAAAACAAUUUCCAAUGGUUGGAAGAAUUUAUUGAACCAAUCGGUCGAUUCGACCAGUAUUUCUGACGAGAUCACGUCUGAAUACAUCUAUCAGAUUUCUAAAAAAAUUCGAAAUCUUCAAAACGUUACGUUAGACGAAGUUACUGAAUGGGUUGAUCUAGAUUCAGACAACAUAACCGACGAAGAUAUUAUUCGAGCCGUACAAGAUAGCGAUAGUGAAGAGAUUGAGACAGAAGAUGAUGAUCCUGCGGACACUGAAAUCUCACCGUCAAGUGCAUUGGAAGCUGCAGACUGUCUGAUUUCAUUUUGCGAAAAGAACCAGAUCUUCAUCCCUCACAUGACAGGAUUAAGAGCAGUCAGAGAUCAAAUAUUACAACUUAAAGAUGACAUUUAA